UAGCUGGGUUCAUUACUAGAAUGACAACUUACCACCGGUCGAAUUCUUUUUCAUUUUAAACGAUAAUAUGUCAUACGCAUACACAAUAUAUUUACUUGCAAUAUUUUUAUUAAUUGCAAUUAUUUCAAGUGUUUCGGCUUUUCCAGAGCAAGGAAAAUGGGACUAUGUGAUGAGCAAGGAAAAACAACUGAUCGUCGUUCCAAAGUCAUUAUUCACCGGAUCCCAUAUCAGAGUAUACAUAACAUGCGAUUCGAGUAAGCCAGACACUAAUAUCACAAUUUCAUGGAAAUUACAACAAUCACCAUGCUGGGAAGAUUUUGAUGCCUUGAUGUUUGAGGGACAAGUGCCAUACGCCCUGGAAGGCAAUGCGUCGUCUUACCAUUUUACCGAUUCACCCAUUUACAAUAGGCUGUGCAUCCAUGGUGGACACAUUAUUUUGGAGGAACACUUUCUCAAAGAACCGGAAAAUCAGCUACCGAAGCCGGAGAAGAAGCAGGACUCUCCUGGCGAUGAAAACACUGUGUUUACAAUUACGAGGGACGGCGUUUACUACUUUUUACUGACUCUCCAAAGUAGUAAUGACUUUAAUGCUUCCGUGCACGUUGAAAUGAAAGCAACUUAUGGAUUCCUUUCGGCUGUAGACUAUCCGCUGCUUCCGUUUUAUUUGAUAAUGUGUUUGGUGUAUGUCGUUUUUGGCAUCAUUUGGCUAACCGUAUCAUUUAUGCAAUGGCGAGACUUACUUCGAAUACAGUUUUGGAUCGGUGGCGUCAUAUUGCUUGGCAUGCUGGAAAAGGCCAUGUUUUAUGCCGAAUAUCAAGGCAUCAAUUCAAAUGGUGUGUCCGUACAGGGGGCGGUUCUUGUCGCUGAAUGGGUUUCGUGUGCGAAACGCACUUUGGCACGAAUGCUGGUGAUUAUUGUCUCGCUUGGUUUCGGCAUCGUCAAGCCGAGACUGGGACCAAUGUUGCAUAGGGUGGUUGGAACAGGAACACUGUACUUUGUUUUGGCCUGUGUUGAAAGUUACUUGAGAGUAAUGCAUGUCAAAAACGAUCCCAGUAACAGAAUUUUAGUGGCCUCGAUUCCGUUAGCUGUGUUGGACUCAGCCAUCUGUUGGUGGAUUUUUACGUCACUUGUCCAAACGACCCGUACAUUGCGACUACGAAGAAAUAUGGUCAAAUUGGCUCUUUAUCGACAUUUCACGAAUACGUUGAUCUUCGCUGUUAUUGCCUCGGUUAUUUUCAUGCUUUUCUCCAUCAAGACUCAUCGACUAUCCAAGUGUUUGCAGAACUGGAAAGAACUAUGGCAGGACGAAGCAUUUUGGCAUGUCCUGUUUUCAUUACUACUAUCAGUUAUAAUGAUACUCUGGCGACCGACAAACAAUAAUCAAAGAUACGCUUUUACACCGCUAUUGGACAAUCCAGAGGACGAAGAUGACGAAGAAGAAGAAGAAGAACAAUUCGUGUCCGAUGCGUACGGUGUUAAAAUGCGCGGUGCACGUAGCAGUUCACCGAAACCAUCGUCACGCACAACAACAAAUGACGAGGACGAUCUGCGAUGGGUUGAAGAAAAUAUUCCCACUGCAAUUGCCGAUGCUGCUCUACCGGUUUUGGAUUCCGACGAAGAGAUAUUGAAUACCAAAUUCGAAGUAUCAAAAAUGCAGUAGAUACGUUCAUUGUGUGUGUGAUGGAAAUAUUUUUAUUAUGAGUCUGAAUUAGUUUGUGUGACGGAAAGGAUUGUCAAGCAGUAUAGACUGCGUCUAUGCGUAACGUAGUUUUUCUUAUUUAUUUACUUAAUAUUUUUUUGGUUGAAGAGAGCAGCAUUGCGAAUUGCUAUCGAAAUUGUCAUUUCUUUUUUGAUAGCUCUAUGAGACGCUCCUUAACGUUGCAAUAGAAAUUUUCGUGAUAAAAAUGAUAGAUCAGUCCUUCAAACGGUCAUCGAAUACGUUACGGGAACAUUCGUCAAAGACAAUCUCGUUUUGGUGUUUUAAAGAGGUGUGGUCUUUCAAAGAUUCGAUAAAACACCGGACGUCUUCGCCGAAUGUCCCCGAUGCUAUUCUUACUGCAAAAAAUAAACUUAAUAAACAAAAGAACAAACCAAACAAAAUACUAACCAUAUCGCAAUCGUAGAAUUUGUACCUUCCUUCGAUUUUUUUUGUUGUAAAAAUGAACAGUUCACACUUUGCUCAAAGGGGAUUUUAGCUGUUUCAUUUUAUUAAAACUGAUUUUAAGUUUCCCUCUACUCAAUCGUCCAAAUAAUCUUCUUGCAAGGUAGAAAGAAGUCGGUCGUUUUUACUAAACACAUACCCGGCCUCUUUAUUGCAGUAAAUUGGGAUAGUUUCUGGAAUCAAAUUCGUAAAAAACAUGAAUUUUAAAGAAUUUUAUUCAAACAAUUUACAGUAACUCCAAGAAUUUUUGAAUUUAAUUCCAAAAAUGGGUCAUGUUGAACAUUUACAAUCAAUGGGCUCACUAUCUGGAAUCUUUUCGAAAACUCUUUUUGCUCCAACAACAGUUCUAGCUAUUUUCUAGAUCUUCUACAUGUGAAAGUGUGAGUUACAAUGAAGUUCUUAGGGACAGCGUUCAUUGAUUUAUUCGGAUCUAACCACUCCUACGAAAACGGUCCCAAUGUUCUUGUUUGUUUGAGUGUCAAACGCUUAAGCAGCUUAGAUCAACGUAACAUAAUUACCGAUAAACAUAAACAGACUUUUACUUAAAAACAACCAACGUCCCAACUAAUUCGAUUAAAGCAAAUAAAGUUGAGCGCACAUGAAUCGUCGAAUUCAUCAAAUCUUCAGAACCAAAAAUUUAAUGUCUUUCGGCGAGAUGUAUCAGCGCGGGUGUCAUUUAACAUAAAAACUUAGUUGUAGAUUUGAAUCAUCAAAUUAUGUUCGGUUCGGAACAUAAAAUUCUUUUACAAAUACGCCUCGGCUUUGGAAGAAUUUAAAAAUUUUAUCCAAGUUUGCACAAAUAAAAGAUGAGGCACUGGUGAAAAACACAUUGGUCUCGUCACGAAUUCGAAGAACGUAUACUCUCGUCUCACGAUUUUGAACCUUUAGGACGAGACAUUUUCACCAUGGCCAAAUAUCUUCAAAGUUUCCAUUAAAUUAAAUUCGAUUAAUCUUUAAAAAGUUAAACAAAAAAUCAAUUAAUAUGACGAUGAACCAGAAAUAAAUACAUACAUUAUAGAUAGAAACGGGGCGAUAGUUAUUAGCAAUAUACAAACAAAUUCAACUGAUGUCAUUUUACAAAUUAAAUUUUGUAAAAAAAAGGAGGAAAAAAACCUGUAGAAAUCGAUGACUGUAAAUACGAUAAAUAAAACGAGCGAGUCAUUCUUAAAUUUGUAUUUAACUAUAAAAAAUUAUCUACUUUUAAGUCCUACACAUUAUAAUAGUUUCGUAAUAAUAAAAUUGAACAAUCUAUUGAUAAAUAAUCAAA